AUGCAGGCUCUAUUCAUGUGUUUGGCUCUGCCAUUGAUUGAAGCAAGUUCAGAGAGUUUUCACCGUGGGGGCGCUCUUCGAGCAACCGUGGAAAGCGCCACCUUCAAUGCCGAGCUGCAGGAGGCCAUGAGCGAAGCGCUCGGCUGCGGCGGGGAAGUGUCGGAAAAGCAUUUGAAGACUUUGGAGGAUGAAAUGAGCUCCGUCUAUGCCACGCUCCCCAAAAACAGUUUGGGGCGCAUCGAUCGCCGCUCUCUUCGCUUCUUGGCUUACAGGUAUUUCAACGAGAAGCAUUCUUUGUCGAUUCGUGGCUUCGAACCCUCGCGGGUUUCCAACGAGUCCUCCUGGGCCGCUGCGGAGAUUCUGAGUCAACAAGUUCCAAGCUAUGUUGAGUCUGUCCUCAUGUCUCGCCAUGUAGACACUCGCGGAUUCGACCUACGCGACACGGCGCUGGUGAUCACUACCAUCGAGCAGUUGCUCUUUGAUACCGAAAGCAAUCUGCUGGAGAAGGUCUACCAGGAGAAGCGAAAGUCUCAGGAGUCUUUGAGGAGAGAAGACCUACAAGACUUGUUGGAGGCCUACUUGGUGCAUUGGCUUAUGGGCAAUGACGAGGAGGGCAUCCGUCUUCUAUUGGGCAACGCUCGGCUGCGGCAGCGAACCUUUCCACACUGGGAUCAGUUGGUUCACUUUGCCCAUGGUGAGAUUCAGGCGUUGGAUUUCAAGCGCCGACACCGACCGGGAACAGGCUCACUGCAGACAGAGUACAGUUUCGAUGAUGCGCAUGAAGUCAUCGGUGGAAUCACCCGAAACUUCGCAUCCUUUUGGGAGUCGGAAUGUACUGAGAUGAAGGACGCCCGGCGGUGA